ACUAAUAGAAGGAAGAAGCGCAGUCGGCAAAAAAUAAAUGAGAAUGUUCAUACUAAACAAAAAUUAAAAUUGUCUUGAAUGUUUCGGUGAAAAAAAAAAUCGUCUAGACCUCAUUAUUUAAAGACUUAUAUUUGUUUCAUUUCCCACCAGCUUUCACUAUGAUGCAAUUAAACCUAACUCGUGUUGAUUACUUGCAGGUGGGGAUUACUUCUCCUAAGUCUAUGAGAUUAUUACCUACAACUGGUAAAGUUCAGAGGAUAGCAGUAGGUGAUAAUAAUGGUUUAUUACAAUGUUUUGGUGUCAAGAAAGGAGAAACACAGCAAACAUUCCAGACCAAUCUUUCGCAGAAAAUAAGUCGCUUGGAGUUGGGCGGACCUGUAGGUGGCGUUAAAGAUCGUAUAUUCAUCGCUACAGGACCAGAAAUAAAAGGUUUCACAAAGAAAGGAAAAAAUUUCCUUACAUUUGACACCAAUAUGUCUGAACCUGUUCAAUCAUUCCAUGUUCAAGGAUCUGAUUUAUUUGUUUGUGGUAAAUUUAUCUACAAUCAUUAUCGAGAUUGUAAAGACGUCAAUGAUUUUCUGUGUGGAGAUGAAAUCAAUGAUGUUUUAUGUUUACCAUUGGACCGAGUCCCUGAAGCAACCCCUGUUUUAGCAUGUCAAGAUCGUGUAUUGAGAGUUUUACAAGGUUCAUCUUUAUUAUAUGAAGUAGAAGUACCAGGUCCACCAGUUACUUUACAAAUAUAUGAUGUUAAUGGAGGUGAAGAAGGAAAUGAAGUAUUAUAUGGUACAUCAGAUGGUAGAAUUGGUCUUGUUUCUCUAGGAUUAUUAUCACCAUCUCACAGGUGGGAAUUACCAAAUGAAAAAAGAAAUGGAGGUGUGUUAUGUUUAGAGAAUUAUGAUAUAACAGCGGAUGGUGUGUUAGAUCUGUUAGUUGGUAGAGAUGAUGGACAGAUAGAAGUUUAUAGUUACGAUGAAUCAGAUGAACCAAUACACAGAUACAGUCAUACAUGUAGUGAAAGUGUUAGAUCUAUACAAGGUGGUAUAGUUAAUACACCAGGUUAUGAUGAGAUAGUCUGUUCUACAUAUGCAGGUUGGGUAUUUGGGCUUACGUCAGAACAUCAAACUAAGGAAUUUGGUCCAGAGGAAGUAUUGGUAGAAUCAGGAACGGCUAAUAAAUUAAUGGGCCUUAAAGAGGAUUUAGAGGAGUUACAACAGAAAGUGAUGAAAGAGCGGGAGAAAUAUCAACAGACGGCUUAUUCUGAUACAGCAGUAUCAGCUGUACCCAUGUUUAAAAUUAACGAUAAGUUUGUUCUGAAUAGAGAAGAUGCCAGUUAUACAUUGAGUCUAGAAUUACAAAUGCCAAUAGACAAUAUACUUUUACAGAGUGAUGUACCAGUUGAUUUAUUAGAUGUAGAGAAAAAUUCAGCUGUUGUUAGUCAUAGUUCCUGUAAUCCUGAGGAAGGUAAUUUUGUGUUGGCUACUUAUCGUUGUCAGGCUAAUACAACACGUUUAGAGUUAAAGAUACGAUCUAUAGAAGGUCAAUAUGGUACAAUACAAGUUUAUAUUACACCUAGAAUACAACCAAAAACAUGUCAAGUUAAACAAUAUCCAAUUAAACCAUUAUCUUUACAUCAACGUACUCAUGUCUUUGAUAAUAAAAGACCAUGUAAUACACUAAAGUUAACAGGACAGUUUAGUUUAGCUGAGGUACAUAAUUGGGUUUGUUUUUGUUUACCUGAGUUACCUGAUAGAACUCCAGCUGGUGAUACAAUGGUAUUCCAUUUUACAUCUACAUUCCUUGAUACACAGUUAGAAUGUUCUUAUAGGAAAGGAGAAGCCACAUUUAAAUCUGAUAAUAUUUCAACAAUAUCCAUAUUAAAAGAUGUUUUAUCUAAAGAAGCUACCAAGAAAAAAAUUAGAUUAGAUAUCAAUUAUGAUAUCAAUGAAAAUUCUAUUCCACAUACUCUUGGAUUAAUUCAUCCUAAACUAGAAUAUCAGUUAUUACUAGCAAAAAAGGUUCAACUUAUAGAUGCUUUAAAGGAAUUACAAGUUCAUGAGGCUGAUAACAAUUUCUUGUCACCUGAAUAUCAACAGAUUUUAGAGGAAGCAGACUCACUUCAAAUAGAAUUCAAGAAACAGCCAUGUCAUUUAGAAAGACUUUAUGGAAUGAUUACUGAUCUAUUUAUAGAUAAAAAUAAGUUCAAAGGUCAGAAUGUGAAAACUAAAGUACCUGCAUUGUUGGAAGUAUUGGAUAACUAUGAAUUAAAAACACUGGUGGAUUUUUUCGAAAAUUCAGUCUAAAUUAAAUAUUCAUCAAAAGUGGAAAUUUAUGUGCAACAAAUAAUAAUCAUGAAUGGUCAGAUUAAUCAAACUUUAAAAAGCACCAAUAAUAUAUGACAAAAAAUAUUCACAGGUCAUAAAAACAAACAUUUUCUUUGUAGUAGUUUAAUAACAUUUGCUCAAUAUGCCUAUAUUUUCAUGGCUUGUGUUUAGCUAUCACAGAUGUCAGUUAUGUUUUGUUUUAUAUUUUACUGUUUUACUACAUUUACAUCUAACAUAUUAAAGAAAGUGUUCAGAUCUUAUUGAGCAAUCAAAUUGUCUAUAUUGGAAUUCAAGGAUAUAAUGGGUUCAGGGGUUGUCUGUGAUAUCACUACCAUGGAUGCAGAUGUUAUACCUGGCCAAACAAAUGCAAAUGUUAUACCUGGCCAAACAAAGAUUGUUAUUGAGACAUAGUUAAUAUGAAUAACAUUAUUGGUAUUGUGCAACGAUUCAAUUCACUAGUACAGAGUGCUCUAGACUCAAGAAAAUGUUCAAUCUUAGAUUGUUAACGAUGGUUGCUAGAUAACCAAGUGUCACUUGAGGUUUAAAAAUUGACCCCGAAAGACAGCGUUUGAUAGAUUCUCAAAGUGUAUUCUAAACAGAUGAUGCACUAUAUUGAAGAUUUCUGGAUCCAAAUGUUUUCAUGUUAUAGGUAGGUCCAUCCAAUAAUGAUUUGCCUUCUUAUCUUAAUGAACUUUUGGAGAUAUAAUGACACUAGAUUUUGAAGAUAACAUGAAGCAGAUCUGUUAAUAGAUCAGAUUUUAAAGUGAAUGCAAUUUUGAAAACGGUAACAAAUCUUUACUGAAGAUGUAACAUUCUUAACUGCAGAUAUGUGAUAGUUGUUUUAUCUUUUUUGAAUAGUAGUGCUUACAAAAUUUUGGAACUUUUUAUCCAAUGGAUUAGAAUCUUUAAAGUCGAAUUCUACUUUGUUUUUUUGUUGUGUUUUUGUAAAUAAAUCAAUACAUGUAAUUGUAUAUCAGUUUUACAUACCCAAGGCUAUGUUUGUGAUAUGAUAUAUCCGUCCUUCACUAAUAUUGUAAUGUGUUAUUUUAUAACAUUCAUCAUCUAGAUGCAUGUUUAUAAGGCCAAAUGAAUUUGAUCUUUAGUUAUUCGGUAUCUUAAUUCUUGAUUAAAGUAGCACCACAUGAGCUAUGUUAAAUUUAGGAAGCAAAACUAAAAAUCAAAUAAGUGUGACUAAACUGUAUUUAUUUUCAGGAAUAAACAAUGAUUGUUUUGUAUAUUAGUGAAUUUCAUUGUUU